AUCAUCAUAGAAUCUACUCUUACUUCACUCAUGUGGAGGGUGCUCCAAGAAACCGGAAGUUACCUACUAAGAACAUGGCGGAUGUAUGUAGGAUUUAAGAGGAGAGUGUGUCGCGUUAUCUUGCCAUGCACGGCUUGUAUAUAGGCCAAUGGAUUUACAUACCACUUACUAUUAUUAAAGAUUACAGUGAAGAGCAGAACAUUUCUGCGAAUCUGGGGCUGUUUGUUUUCCCUUGGGUUACAUGUGAAUAAUGCUGUUUUUACUUUUGCUUUUGCCCUUCGUAGAAUCUAAAGAUUCUACAGACAGCAAUACAUUGUUUGCGGAAGCAAAUGGUAUCAUUAUGAUACCAUGCAGUGAAACGUCUGAAAAUGUUGCAGCGGUCAAGUGGUACAUAAAUGACCAGCUCCUCAUCGGCCAUGACCUCAAUCCAAAACCCAGUGCAGUGAAUGGCGAUAAAGCAGGAGUGUCAGUGGGUGAAGACUAUAGUCUUACACUGACGGACCUUAGUUUGAAUGACACUGGAAAUUACACAUGUAGGCUUGUCAGUACCAAUGGGGAUUCCAUCAGCAAUGUAACCCGUGAAGUUGUCAUUCGAGCUGUUCCUGAACCCCCUGGUAAACCAGAAAUUACUGAGGUGUCAUCACGCUGGUUGAAGGUUUCCUGGCCAUCAGUUGUUGAGGACAACAACAGCCCUAUUACACACUAUCAAGUGCAGAUUAAGUCUUCUUUGCAAGACUGGAGUGAAGGGGACAUACGUUCCAUUGGAGUAAUUUUCAACUCUACAAAAAUUAGGGACCUUCGACCUUAUACGCAAUACCAAGUUAAAGUAUUUGCUGUGAAUGAGAUUGGCCCUAGUCAAUCAAGUGAACCUUCUGCCAUACAACGCACAAGCUCUGAAGUCCCCACUGGUCCACCAACUAUUAUCAAAGCUCGUAGUCUGUCACCAACUGUUACACGUGUGAGCUGGGAGCCACCAUUAAAGAAUCAAACGAAUGGAGAAUUAUCUGGAUAUCAGCUGAUCUAUGGAAUCACUGGUGAAGAUACAGUGCAGCCAGUAGUUGUGAAAGAUCCAAGUGAAACUAGUAUUGAACUGCAAGCGCUGCGUCCGUACACAAACUAUACUGUGUUGGUGAAAGCUUUCAAUUCUGAGGGCGAUGGACCUGAUGGUGUGUUGUUCUUUCAAACAAUGGAAGGCUUGCCUAACAAGCCACGGAUCACACACUGUACUCAUGUCCACUCUAGUUCUCUACGUGUAAACUGGGAAGCUCCUACUGAACUCAAUGGACGGCUACUUGGUUACCAAUUAGUAUGGCAAUAUAAUGGGGAGAACUUCACUAAAAACAUCACUACUAGCUUACAAGAUCCCAUGUCAGCACUUGUGACAGGAUUGAAGCCUUAUACAGAAUAUGUUACACGAGUUGCUGCCAUCACAGGAGGGGGGCGGGGCAAUUUCAGCAAUGAGUAUCCAGCCUUAACUGAUGUUUCAGGUCCAAGUGCCCCAAACAUUUUGAACUUAACAGUGCUGUCACCAACCAGCAUACAUGUUCAAUGGGACAUACCCGAGGUGGUGUACAAGGACAUUGAUGGCUACCUCAUUCAGCUCACCCGCCUUGACAGAAACUCCUUCCAGAUUACAAAGAAAAUACCCAAUACUGAAAGUGAAGUAAGGCGUAUUGUAAUAGCAUUGCAUUAACACUGUUUUUGAUCU